CGAGUCAUCGCGCGCUCGCGAUCGUCACUGAAACUAUUUUUUUUUCGUCGAAACCCGAAACGGCCCUAAAAUUAAUGUGCUAGUGAACGCUCGUCUCAAUUAACAAAUUCUUAAAAAAAUAUUCGUGAUGGCUUACACAAUUUUAUUGUGACCAAACAUUUACGUUUUUAAUUAACAGUUUUUUGUGCUAAUUGUGUAGUGUGUUGCCCUUUUCACCAAAAUGCCUUUGUUUAAAAAGAACGUGGAGCGAAAAAAGUCUCUGUCGAGAAAGGAUAUCUCAUUAGCUCGCCUAGAAAAUUUUAGGAAAGAAGUUAUCGCAGAUUUUCAUACAAUUCCUUUAAGUGAUUUAUGUCGAAGACUACAAACAGAUAGAGACAAUGGGCUUACGAAGGAACAGGCGGCAGCCGUAUUACUUAAGACUGGACCAAACACUUUAACACCAUCCCAUAAAACACCUGAAUAUAUUAAAUUCAUUAAAACUUUAACUCAAGGAUUUUCACUUUUACUAUGGAUAGGUGCCUUCCUAUGUUUUACAGCAUGCAUAAUAAUGAAAUUAACUAAAAAUGAAACGGACACGGAUAAUCUUAUAUUGGGAUGCGUUUUAGUAACAGUUGUAGUUGUAACAGGAUGUUUCAUGUAUUCUCAAGAGCAUAAAAGUCAAAAGAUUAUGGAAUCAUUCGAAAACAUGGUACCCCCAAAAGCCACAGUUAUACGUGGAGGAGAAACUCUCACGAUAAUGUCCAAGGAGCUAGUUGUGGGGGACUUGGUGGACAUGAAAUUUGGAGAUCGAAUACCAGCGGAUGUUAGAAUAAUACAAAGCAAUGGUUUUAAGGUGGAUAACUCGGCUUUAACUGGAGAAUCUGAACCUCAGUAUCGUAGUCACGAAUGCACCAGUGAUGACUUAUUGGAAACCAAAAAUUUUUCAUUCUUCUCAACGAAUGCCGUUGAAGGAACAGCCAAAGGUAUUGUUGUGGCAUGUGGCGAUCAAACCGUGAUGGGCAGAAUUGCUGGUCUUACAGCUAGGUUGCAACCAAAUAAAACUCCGAUAGCAAAGGAACUGGAACAUUUCAUGAAAAUUAUUAGUGUGUGGGCAUGUUUCCUUGGUUUUGUAUUUGGAGCAACCGCCAUGGCUAUGAACUACUCCUGGAUUGAGUCAUGUCUCUUUCUCAUCGGUAUCAUUGUCGCUAACGUACCAGAAGGUCUGCUGGCCACGGUGACAGUGUGUUUGUCAGUAACUGCUAAGAGAAUGGCAGCUAAAAAUUGUCUAGUCAAAAACUUGGAAGCUGUAGAAACGUUAGGAUCAACAUCGAUCAUUUGUUCCGAUAAAACUGGAACUUUAACGCAAAAUAAAAUGACCGUGUGCCAUUUUUGGUAUGAUGGACAAAUCAUGACUGCCGAUUCUACAGUUCAGCAAGACAGCGCCAAGGGAUAUAACAAAUCAGAAGUUUUUAAGACUCUAAUGAGAUGUGCAACUCUUUGCAAUCGAGCAGAGUUUAUUCACGGAGAAGAAGACAAACCUAUUCAAACCAGACUUGUAAGAGGUGACGCCUCUGAAGAAGCUAUUUUAAAAUUCGUUGAACUUACUCACGUGCAUGGAUCUCCUGCGGAAUUUAGACAUGAUAAUCCCAAAUUACUUGAAAUGCCUUUUAGUUCCACCACCAAAUAUCAAAUAAGUAUUCACCAAAUGAAGGAAGGAAACAACCUACUGGUAAUGAAAGGAGCCCCCGAACGUAUUUUGGCAAGAUGCACCCAAAUUGCAACCAAAGACGGAACCGUAAAAAUAACCGAUGAAAUCAGAACACUAUGCGAUCAGGCUUGCACCGAUUUGGCUGAAAAAGGUGAGCGCGUCCUCGGUUUUUGCGAUCUAGCUCUGGACCCGGCUGUGUACAACAAAAACUACAAAUUUUGCGCCGAGCCUCCGAAUUUUCCCAGGAAAGAUCUCAGAUUUGUUGGGUUUAUGUCCUUGAUUGAUCCACCACGUCCUCAAGUACCAGAUGCGGUGCAAAGAUGUCGCUCUGCUGGUAUCAGAGUUGUUAUGGUUACUGGAGACCAUCCGAUCACAGCAAAGGCCAUAGCUCGGCAAGUUGGAAUAGUUAGAAAUAAAGAGGUAAUAGAUGCUUUUAACAUCAACAUCAUAGAAACCUUGCCACCAAAUGUAAAAGACAAAUCAAUUGUCAUCCACGGAUCGGCUCUGAGGGACAUGAGCGACCACGAGUUGGACAUGGUGAUCGGAAACUUUAGGGAAAUUGUGUUCGCAAGAACCUCACCGACCCAAAAACUCCACAUUGUAGAAAGUUGUCAAAGAAACGGAUACAUUGUUGCCGUUACCGGUGACGGCGUCAACGACGCUCCUGCUUUGAAAAAAGCGGAUAUUGGUAUUGCCAUGGGCAUUUCCGGUUCCGAAGUAUCCCAGCAAUCCGCCGAUAUGAUUUUGCUGGACGAUAAUUUUGCAUCGAUUAUAACUGGAGUUGAGGAGGGCCGUAGAAUUUUCGAUAAUCUGAAAAAAUCUAUUGCCUAUACUUUGGCCUCGAAUAUUCCAGAAAUUUUACCGUUUUUGGCAUUUGUACUUUUCAGCAUUCCAUUACCUCUUGGUGUUAUGGCAAUUUUGUGCAUUGAUCUUCUUACCGACAUGAUGCCCGCUAUAAGUUUGGCCUACGAAAAGGCAGAAAGUGAUAUUAUGUUAAGACCUCCGAGAAAUCCCAAAAAAGACAAACUGGUCACAAGAAAACUAUACUUUUUGGCUUACGGACACAUUGGUAUGAUUGAAGCUUUGUGUGGGUUCUUUAUCUAUUUCGCAAUAAUGGCAGAACACGGAUUUAUGCCUUCCAGGCUCUUGGGUCUUCGUGAAACCUGGGAUUCCGAGCAUGUUAACGAUCUUUUGGACUCUUAUGGCCAAGAAUGGUCCUAUGAGAGUAGAAAGAAAUUGGAAUACACCUGCUAUACUGCCUUCAUGAUUUCUGUUGUUGUAACGCAAUGGGCCGAUUUGAUUGUUUGUAAGACGAGGAUUAACUCCAUUGCUAAACAAGGAAUGGGUAACAUGAUUCUUAACUUGAGUUUGGUGAUGGAAACAAUUGUUGCAUGCAUGUUGUCAUACAUGCCCAAGAUGUACUAUUUAAAAUUCUACCCUAUUAUGUUUAGAUGGUGGUGUUAUUCGUUACCUUUCGCCAUCUUUAUCAUAAUUUUUGACGAGUUAAGAAAAUGGCAUAUAAGAAAAUACCCUGAUGGUUUCUACAGAAAAGAAACUUAUUAUUAAAAGUGCGCCACUGGUCAAUUUUAUUUUUAUACUUGGUUCUUAUUACAGAAGACAAAUAUUAUUGUUUUUAUAUAUUAUAUAUUGUGGUUAUUACCAACAAGAAUAAUAAUUAGGUUAAAUUUACAUAAUGGACCAAAAAAGUUGUUGACCAGUGUUAUUUAUUAAUUAGGUUCUUAUAGUUUUAAAUGCUGUUAAAUAUUUUAAAGUUUAAUAAUUAUGACCAACUUGUUUGAUGUACUUAUAGCAAAAGAAAUGUUAACAUUAACAUUACUUAAUUGAGUUAGCACAAUACUUUGUCAGUAGAGUUAGCGUAUAACAAAUUAAAUAUUAUAUUUUUAAGUAAGUAGUCCUAGCACAUACGAGUAAUAUUGUUGAUUAUUUUAUUGUUUGUUUGCUUUUAAUCUAUUGUAUUUUACCAGUAGGCCUUUUUUGUUUAUUUUUAUAUUUAUUGUUGUACCUACCUAAUUUAUUUAAAUUAUUAAUGGUUUUUAUAGAAUCAUUGUUAGAAAAUAAACAAUUCAAACCA